AUGUCCCAUUUUUCUUGUUAGGCUCUUUUUAAAAAAAUAGAUGGAUAACUCCAAGAAGUUAUUAUUACAACUCAAUCUGGAGCUCUACUUAUAGUGGUAUUUUUAUUUAAAUUAUUUUUUUAGUCAAAAAAUGAAAAUGAAUAAAUGGUUUAUUUACCUUCCAAUUCUAUGGACACUAUUCUCUGCUUUGGAAGAGAGAUCGAUGAAAGUAAUAUUAAUAUUAAGGUUUAGAUUAAUAGAUUGGAACCCUAGAUCUUGAUAAUCCUGAAACAAAAAUAAAAGUUACGUUCUACAUAGGUUUGAAUGAUAUCUCAAAGUUAAAAUUUCAAAUGAGAGGAAGGCAAAUUUUCAUGGCCUCUUCAAGUUAUGUUGUUUUGGGAAAAUUAGCCUCUGGAAUAAGUAAGAAAAGAUAUUUAACUCAAUAGAACUUAUUUAAACCCCUUCUAGGAUUUUAGUGGAAAAGAAAGCAAGUUUUCUUCUAAAAGAUCAACAAUCUCAUAACAGAUUGGUACUUUUGUAAUUUGAUAAUGAUAGGCACAAUUAAAAUAAGAGACAGACAUGUUACGACUGUUAAAAGAUCAACCUCAUAAAAAUAUAAUUUUAUUAGAAGAAAUCGUUACAGACUACAAAUCGGUAUCGAUCAUUUUAGAAUACUGUCAAGGUGGUGAUCUUUUAAAGCUACUUUAUCAGAAAAGUACCCAAAUUGACAUCCCACGUUUAAUGUUUAAUCUACUUUCUGGUAAAACGACAUAUUUAUAUUAUUGUAGGUUUGAAACAUCUCCAUAAUUUAGAAAUUGUACAUAGAGACAUCAAACUAUAGAAUAUUUUAUUUAAAGAUUCUUAGAAUGUAGACACUUUAAAAAUAGCUGAUUUUGGAUUCUCAUGUAAAAAAUCUCAAAUUCAAUACAUCAAUCCAAGGUUAGAAUUUAUAUUAAAUUUUAGAUGUGGAACUCCUGGAUAUACCGCACCUGAAGUAUUUAGUUAAGAUGGUUUAUAUGAUGAAAAGAUCGAUAUUUAUAGCUCAGGCAUUGUUUUCUAUAAUAUGUAUUGAUUUAAAAUACCUUAGACUUACAUUCAAAAAUCCUUUUGGUAAUUCUCAGAAUAUUUCUGACCUUAUAAAACUUAAUAUCAGUGGCAAUUACAAUGAGGCUCAUUUGGAAACAACUAAAAUGAAUAAUCCUCUAGCUUAUGAUUUACUCACUAAAAUGCUCUAGAAAGAAUCAUAAAAUCGACCCAGUGUUCAUGAAUGCCUAAGCCACCCAUAUUUUAAAAACUAUGUUAAAGGUGAUUUUAUUGAAGAAAUGAUAUCAAAAUGCCGUAAAUAGCAAAACAAUAAGAAAAAGUUAUCUCUAAAAAGAAACAAAAAAUGAUUACUAAAUAUAUUUAAGCAAUAUCAGC